AAAUGUGAAAAAAUUUACUUCGAUUCAACUUCAAAGUUAUCGAUGCCAUCAAUUCGAAUACUGGGUAGCACUGUCAACCACAUUUUGGCAAGUUUGUCAAUUACUGGCAAAAAGUUCAUUUGAUUUAACUUUCGGUGUAUUUUCGUUUUUGUUUUUUGUCAAUCAAACAAAAUGAAUAGCCACAAUGCGAAGGCGAUUGCGGCAGCUGUUGCAAUUGCCGCGGCUACCGCAGCAGCAUCCACUGAUCCUGAGAAGGAGUCCGAGUCGAAGCAAAGUCUGACCGCUUUGGUGCUAUAUGUGGAUGUGGCUACGAAAAUGCCCAACACGGAGAAUACGCCUUCACCACCGCCAGACUUCACCUUACUUCGCGAGGAUUUUCCAGCAUUGCCCGGAGUCGAAGAUGAUUUGAGCACUGCUCCCGAAUCGACCGACUGGCCUGCCAUCAUAAGCGAUGACGAUCCGGAACAAGUUGAGCAAGCCGUAUCCGUGCCGAAGGCGGACCCAGUCAAUCUACAGGGUAACGGCAACUCUCAAUCUGGCAAACAUGAAGCACUGAAGACAAAGCCAUUUGCCGUUGCACGCGUUGCUGCCACCACCGAGGUGUACUCGCCGGGCUGCAAUGAGUCAGAGCCGAAUUUCAUCGGCGAGUGGGAACGCGCCGGGAACAAGCCUCGGAAGUCCAACAUUGGUCCGCCGCCUGGCUAUGAGAAAUUCAAGUUCUACGGACGCUUGAAGACCAACCGCAUUGGUCUGCCGUUGGGCGGUGUGACCUUUGACGUCACACCGCCUCUGAUUAAUAAGGACAUGCCGCCCCAAGUAAACACCAGCAUUGAGGGUGCCUAUGGAUUGGUGGAAUUGGCUCGCAAUUUGGAGGCUGCACAACACAAUCGGCAGCUUUUGUCACAGUUCUUUGGUCACGAUACAAUGAAUCUUAAUGUGAAUGCGAACUGCUGGUUGAACCAGCUGCAUGCUGGCUUUGCUGGUCCGCUGCAGGGCGGACGCUGUGCACCUCAUGAGAUUAACAGCAGUGUGCCGCAUUAUUAUUACCGCACUGACGGUAAGCAGUUGCCGCAGCCCAAGAUUGACCAGAUGCAAGUGGAGCUGUUGUUCUUUUUUUUCUAUUCAUAUCCGGGCGAUAUGAUGCAAAUGCUGGCAGCAGCUGAGCUGGCAGAACGCGGCUGGCGUUUUCACAUUUACGAGCGCCUCUGGCUGCGGCGACAGCCGGACAAUCCGCACUAUGUUAUGAAUGGGUAUCAAGAAUCCGGGGAAUUCAACUACUUCAACAUGGUGCACUGGCAGAUUAUGGCGCGCCACUUUGAUCUGAAGUCAGAGGACCUAGAGCCCACCAUCACCAAAGCUGAGCUGCGAAAAAAUUAUGGAUACCAUCCCCAAAUGAGCUUCCUUUGAGCCGGGCUUUGGCGGUGUAAUUGACUCAAGUCUACUACGGACAGAUUUGCUAAGCAAGUUGUCUAUUGUAUAAGAGUAUAUUAACAUUAAAUGGUUUAUCAAAUAUACAUACCAAAACUAAUAUAAGUGCUUUGGUAAUGAGAUAGGAUCCCCGGUACCCACCCAGUGACUGAUCAUGACGAUAAACGGACUAAAGUCGAGUGUUGCUUUUCUAUCAAAAUUUUGGCAAGAAACUAUCUACA